UAUUACGAGCCUGAUUGAUUAGUUGGUCUUUUAGAAACAUUUUAGUAUACUUCUUUAAAUCACAAAAUAUCGAGAGUGAUACGUAGGGCAUAAACGAUUUAUUAUAUAUAUAAUAGCGUUUCACAAAUGUAUUGGGGCAAUGACUUUACUAUUCAAUAUUAUCGAUGUAUUUGUUUAAUUGUGGAUAUUGUAAGAAUUCAGAUCAUAAUAUUGGUUUUAGAGUGGAUAUUGUAAGAAUUCAGACCAUAAUAUUGGUUUUAGAGUGGAUAUUGUAAGAAUUCAGUUUAUAAUCGGAAUUAACAUGAUAGAUGUAGCCACACGAUCAAUGAUAAAAAGUCGUACUGACUCGAAGGCUGAGUCAAAAACACUUAUUGACCUACAGCUGUGACGUCAUCUGCUGGGUUUCAUCAAAUCAACAUAUCGACCUCAUCAAAAGGCAGCAGUUAUAUACUACUGCAAUUAUUCGUGCGAGUAGUAAUAUGUUGAUGUUUCUAAAUAACAUGACGAUAUAUACUCAAUAGACGUUUCAGAAUAAUAUGACGAUAUGUAGAUGUUCAGAAUAACAUGACGAUAUGUUGACGUUUCAGAAUAACAUGACGAUGUGUUGACGUUUCAGAAUAACAUGACGAUAUGUUGACGUUUCAGAAUAAUAUGACGAUAUUGCGGAGGCUCAAAUUCGUUCUAGUUGUCAGUAUUGGAGUAACGCUGUUCUUUCCAGUUAUAUUCAUAUUUCACAAUACGACCCAACAACACAGGUCCAUUAUUAGUGGGAAGGAUUCCUUCAUAAAUAGAGAAGCUGCAUUGGAAUAUAGUCUCCACGGUGAUAAGAAUGCUACGGUUGAUCCCUUCAACAGAUCCAUUUAUACAGAUUUUAUACAAUACGACGAGGCUUCACUGCCAAGUGUAGAGACUAAAAUGGCGGCAAGGACAAAACAAGUGAGUGCUGUAUGCGCCAUAAUGAAAAAGAAAAAUCUAUCACCUCCAAACAGACGGCUAGGUCAGCAGAAUACUGGGCAUAUAAUUGUUAAUAAAGAACAUCAAAUUUUAUAUUGUUAUUUACCAAAAGUUGCAAAUACGAAUUUCCGUCGUGUUUUUCUCGGUUUACAAGGAAUUGUUCCAAAAUCGGAAGUGGUCAACAUAAGUGGAUAUGACGUAUAUUUUAAAUACAAUAAAACAUUUACAUAUAUGAAUUCAUUUAAAACUUCUGAACAGACACAACUAGUACGUCAAUAUAAAAAGUUUAUUGUUGUAAGGGAUCCUUUGGAACGACUUCUGUCAGGGUAUAGGAAUAAAUUCUUUCAUCCAAAUAAACAGCAUAAGGCUGAUUUUCACGGCAGGGUUACGUCAUUCUACAGGCAUUAUCCUCACCUUAGGAGAAGAAACAAUGUUCGCAAGAAUUUCCGGUCAAAAGAAAUAACUUUUAAGGAAUUUCUCAUAUAUUGGACUGACGUAAUGGAAGUUAACGAAUAUCUAAAUGAACAUUUUGUGCCAUCAAAUCAGCUAUGUAAUCCAUGUCACAUCCAUUAUGAUUAUAUUGGUAAAUAUGAGUCAUUAAACAAUGAUGUCAAAUAUAUAUUUGAACAUUUGAACAUUGAUAUUGAAUUUCCUGGGAGAAGGGAUAAUUAUUCUUCGGUGUCAACAAGCGCGCUGGUAGAGGAAUUUUACAAACCAAUUCCAGACUGGCUACUACAAAAAAUAUGGGAAAUCGCUAAGUUUGAUUACUUUUUGUUCGGGUACCAUUUGCCGAAAUGGUUCAGAGAAAGAUUAAAGGAAACGUGACAUUUUAUUAUGUUUUUUAGUGGAUUGUUGCCAUAUUACAAUGCAUAAUAUUUAUUAAUUUCACUAUGAAAAUACCUUGGUACGGAACCACGCUUGAAUGAGAAAUCUUAUAGAAUUAUACUGCAGUCAGGACAAAUAUGUACAACUUUCUAACAGACACAAAAAUAUACGCGCCUUCAUUCCAUGAUAUAGAUUUUAAUUAGAAUGGAUGUAGUGAAAUGUCUGUGUUGAUUUAGACCUAAAGGCGCUGAUGCAGAAAUGGUAAUACAUAUAAGUUUGAGAGUCAGUCUAAUCAAUUUCUAAAACGCAAAUAAAACCACUGUGGUGCAAUGAAUAGUAAUCCAGUUAGUGCCUUGAGCUCUUUAGUUAUAUAUAUCUUAAUACAGUAAUUGUUAUAAUUUGAUAAAUUAUACUAAGUAUUUUAAGUCUAUUUCUAUGUCUACUGCUUAUAAAUAAUUCUAGGUAUAUUAAGACGUAGAAUUUUGCAUACCACUUACAUGUAACAGCAGUAUAGAUUUGCGACUGACUUCGUUUUUUUGUUGUUAUAAUGAUAAUUUAUCGAAAUUAUUUAUUUUCAGAUAAAUCUAUAUGUAUAUUUGACAUAUGUUAGAAAUGUCUUUGUAGAUACGUUUUAUAUUACACUGUAGUUAUUGUCCGCUGUGUUAUACCUUCAUUCACGAUCAGACUUUGCUGUGUUAGAUUAAAUGGUGAUUCAGGAUAAAUACUGAUAAAACGAAAGUAUGUAUUUUAAGAAAAAGGAGACAGAAUAUAGUGGCACAUUAAUAAUACACCAGUAGAAACAAUGAACUUUUUUUGCUGUCUUGAUAUGAAAUUUUAUUGUAAUGGCUAUUAAAUCAAAGCGCUGUCUGACCAAGCACUUAAAAUGUUAAUGGUUUGUGAUUUCUAUUUUCUAUAAGCUAAGAUGUUAAGACCAAAUUGACACUGUUAGAUCGCAUGGUUGAGCCAGUCUUGUCGCGUCACAUUAUGCUGACGUGUAGGACGUACACGAUAUAAGUUUGUAAAAAUUGCUCGGUGUAAAAAUGCAAACCCCGAACAUGGCAGUGUUGGGGGAAUCGCUCAAUACUUUGUAAAGAGAAAGUUUUAAAAUACUGGUUGAGGCUUACAAAUAAACCCUGAAUCUAUCAUGACAGAUAUUGUUAAAGACCAAAGCAACCAUGCCAGUUUGCAUAGAUGUACAAAUAGGUCUAGGUAUGUUAAAACUCUCUUAUAACAACUAGUAUAUGGAUAUUUAUGGAACCAUAUGGCGCCGAAUAAAAACUGUUUUCCAAUACUGCAAAAAGGUCAAGAGAACAAUUUAUACAGGAAUUGCAAUUGCAUGGCAGCAUAACAAAUAUGUCAAAACUAGAAUACUAUUCAAGAUUAUGGUUGAACCAUUUCUCAUAAAGAUAGACUACAAUGACUAGAUAAGGAAAUAAAGAAUAUCUUCUUGAAACUGGAAGAUCUAGUGGUAUAGCUAGGAAUCAAAGAAUAUGUCAAAUUGUAAUUUAGAUAUAAUAGAACCUGGGUAUUAUGAUUGAUUGACUUGUCUUAAAUAUAAGAACUAACGUGUAUGUGCCAAAAAUAUCGUGGCCAGCUUUGAAAAUGUUUGAUAAUUUGUUAUCAUCUGCUAAGAAAAAGGUCCAAUUGGUAAAUAUUUGAAGGAAGUAUAUGUAUCAAGGGUCUAAACUAUUUCGUACAUUCAUUUAUAUGCAUAUUGCGUGAUUUUUAUAUUAUUGUAAACUGUUCAUCAGCCAAAGGCAUGUAUAUGUCGAUUUUGCUAAAUAAAUGUUGUUGUUGUUGUUGU